AUGAUCGAAGACCCAAAGGAACUGGAGAAAGAAAUAUUCCAAACAGAGGACAUCAAAGAAGAAAUUGAGGAGACAGCAGCUCAGAUAAGUAACACUAUUGAACAUUUUCUAUCUACAAAAUUGUCUCAAACUAACUCCCCCUCAGAAGUAACUCAAGUAGUCUUAGAAAAUACAAGCAGUCAAUCCCCAUCAACAACAGUGAACACAAAUGAUCAAACAGACUCGGGGACACCUAAUGAAAUUGUUCAACAAGAUAAUCCCCCCCCCUGUAAACACACAAUCACAAGAUAGUCAACCCCCUACAAAUGCACAUUCACAACAAGAUGGUCACCCCGCUACAAACACAC